UUAGAAACCAUAAUAUUGUAUUUAUUUGAUUAUUUGAGACAUGGGAGCAACGACCAUUAAAGAAGCAUUAGCCAAAUGGCAGGAAAAGAACAAAACGCCACUUGCAGAAGCUUUAUAUGUCGGUUUGCAAUUUCAAUGGCCACCACUUGAAAAAAUGGAUGCUAACCUAGCAGUUUUGAAGAAUUGCGAAAAAUUAUCACUGAGCACAAAUUGUAUCGACAAAAUAACUAGUCUUGACACUUUGAAAAACUUAAAAGUAUUAUCAUUGGCACGGAACAACUUAAAAAAUUUCAAUGGAAUAGAUAAAUUGGCUGAUACUUUAGAAGAAUUAUGGAUAUCUUAUAAUUAUAUUGAUAAACUGAAAGGUAUAAUGGGCAUGAAGAAACUAAAAGUAUUGUACAUGGGCAAUAAUUUAGUCGACAGUUGGAAUGAAGUUCAAAAACUUUUAAAAUUGGAAACUCUUCAAGAACUAGUACUGGCCGGUAAUCCAAUACAAGAGUCUAUGGAAGAACAAGUUUGGCGUACUGAAUGCGUUAAGAAACUAACACAAAUAUCAAUAUUGGAUGGAAUUCCCAUCAUAAGAGAAUAAAAACUAUUAAUAUAAUAUUAUAUGAUUCAAUUUUUGUUUCACGAAAUAAUAAACGAAAUAUAUUAUUUUAUCACGGAAAAACCACUUAUAAUUUGUAAACGAAUUAUCAUAACAAAAAUUAAUUUUAUAAAUGUUUAGAUAACGUAUUUUGUCAGUAAAUACCUACAGUGUUUUGGCACAAAUUUAUUAAAAUAUGUUUUUUACAGGAGUGUAUAAUUUGCACCAUAAUUAUAAAGAUAUGUAAUUCGCACCACCGCCGGUAGUGAAAAAAAUAGUAAAUUUGCACUAAAAUGAUUCAAACUAUGUAGGUAUUCGAUUUUCAAGUGUGUUUUCAAUUAUUUGAAGAAUAAUUAUAAAUUGUUUUUAUAGUUUUUGAAUUUUUGAAGAAUGAUAC